AUGCUGCUGGCUAUGCUGCUGCUGCUGCUGCCCCUCCCAGACCCACGGUUUGCCCAGGGGCACCCGCUGUACAUGCGUCUGCCCCCCAGCACCCUGCAAGCUUUGUCGGCCCAGGGGACAAAGGCAUUGCAGGUCGCCCGGAGGAGCGCCCGGUGGGCCAUAAAUCUAGUGGCGAUGGAGAUCCAGCAUAGAUUGCAUGAGUGCCAAAGACCUGGGCGCCCCAGGCCUCAAGCCCCCCUGCUCCAGGACCCACCUGAGCCAGGGCCAUGUGGCGAGAGGCGCCCGGGGAAGGUCAAUGUGACGCGGGCCGGUGGCCGCAUUGUGGGGGGCAGCGCGGCGCGGCCCGGGGCCUGGCCCUGGCUGGUGCGGCUGCGCCUCAGCGGGCGGCCUCUGUGUGGCGGCGUCCUGGUGGCGGCGUCCUGGGUGCUCACGGCGGCUCACUGCUUCGCAGGCGCCCCGAACGAGCUUCUGUGGACGGUGACGCUAGCCGAGGGGCCCCGGGGGGAGCAAGUGGAGGAGGUGCCGGUGAACCGCAUCUUGUCCCACCCCAAGUUUGACCUGCGGACCUUUCACAACGACCUUGCCCUGGUGCAACUGUGGACGCCGGUGAGCCCGGCAGGGGCUGCGCGCCCCGUGUGUCUGCCCCAGGGACCCCGGGAGCCCUCCGCCGGCACCGCCUGCGCCAUCGCAGGCUGGGGGGCCCUUUUCGAAGAUGGGCCCGAGGCUGAGGCGGUGAGGGAGGCCCGCGUGCCCCUGCUCAGCGCAGACACGUGCCGAAGGGCCCUGGGGCCCGGGCUUCGCCCCAGCACCAUGCUCUGUGCGGGUUAUCUGGCCGGGGGCAUCGACUCCUGCCAGGGUGACUCUGGAGGCCCCCUCACCUGUUCUGAGCCUGACCCCCACCCCAGAGAGGUCCUGUAUGGAAUCACCUCCUGGGGGGACGGAUGCGGGGAGCCAGGGAAGCCAGGGGUCUACACCCGUGUGGCCGUCUUCAGGGACUGGCUCCAGAAGCAGAUGAGCGCGGCCCCCUCCAGCCGCGAGCCCAGCUGCAGGGAGCUUCUGGCCUGGGAUCCGCCCGAGGAGCCGCCGGCAGACGCCGCCCCGCCCUGCGCCUUCUAUGCCCGCCUGUGCCCAGGACCCAAGGGCGCCUGUGCGUCCCUAGCGCAUCAGCAGUGCCUGCAGCGCCGACGGCGAUGCGAGCUGCGCUUGCUGGCGCACACGCUGCUGGAGCUGCUGCGGGGCGCCCAGGAGCUAUUCGGCCCGAGCCCGAGGAUGCGGCGCCAGGCCCCGGCCCUGGCUCGCCCCGCUCCGUCGCUCCGGGAGACUCCUAGGCACCCCGCCCGCGAGCAGCGGCUGCACCCAGGAUCACCGGCUGCAGGGACCGUAUUCCCGAAGCGGAGGCUGGAGCAGCGCGGAGACACGCGCGACUGCCCUGGCCUGGAGCCCCUGCGGCAGAAGUUGGCCACCCUCCAGGACACCCAUGCCUGGAUCCUUCAGGUCCCCCCAGAGCGCCUGGCCAUGGACUUCCAGGAGGUCCUGGCCGAUCUGAGCUCCAAGACGAUAACGGGGCUCUUCCGAGCCUGGGUUCAGGCUGGCUUGGGGGACCGGCAUGUGGUCUUUGGGGGCCUGGUGGGCCUGGAGCCAGCCACACUGGCUCGAAGCCUUCCCCGGUUGCUGGUGCAGGCCCUGCAGGCCUUCCGCUUGGCUGCUCAGGCCAAGGCAGAGCCCCAGGGAGCCUGAAUGGGUGCAAGGCAGAGCCGGGAGCUGGGGGGGAAGGGACACCACCCAGUGGGCCCUCAGGUUCCUCCAGCCAGACAGCCAUGAGCCAUGUCUGGACCCCCAGCCUCUGGCUAGGACCUCCUGCUCCCAGGGGCUGGGAGGGUUCAAGAAGCACAAUGACAAACUGUCACUGCUGCAGAUGCCCAGAUGUGUGGAGUGGGUGGGGGUCCUGGGCCCUGCGACCCACGUGUCUUCCCAGA